CCGGCGGGCGUGCGGGCAGGGAGCUCUCUGCGGGCUCAGUGCUGAUCCGCCGGCAGGUAGCCGGGAAUGCGAAGCGAUGGCCGCUGGCGGCUCUGAGGAGAAGACCUACCGCCGCUUCCUGGAGCUCUUCCUGGGCGAGUUCCGAGGGCCCUUCGGGGCAGAGCCAGCCCCCUCGCCCCCCGCCGCCGGGGCAGAAGGGGAAGGGGCAGCCGCAGGGGAGGCGGAGGAGAGCGACGCCGCGGACCCCCAGCCCCCCAGCCCUCCGCCGCCGCUGCCGCCGCUGCCCCGGCCGCUCUCCGAGCACAUCAUCGAGGAGGAGGUGGAGGGCGAGUGCCUGGACCUCUGCCUGCAGCAGCUCUACAAGUAUAAUUGCCCUUCAUUUUUGGCUGCUGCUUUAGCCAGAGCAACAUCAGAUGAAGUCCUUCAGAGUGAUCUUUCAGUGCACUACUUACCAAAGCAUGUGGACAGUACAGAAGGCAUCAUACAGAUUGAGACAGUGAAGCUAGCCCGCUCAGUUUUCAGCAAACUCCACGAGAUCUGCAGCCGCUGGGUGAAAGACUUUCCGCUUCAAAGGAGGCCCUACCGCUAUUAUGAGACAUCCAUCCAUGCUAUCAAAAACAUGCGCAGGAAGAUGGAAGACAAGCAUGUCUGCAUUCCUGACUUCAACAUGCUCUUCAACGUUGAGGACCAAGAGGAACAGGCGUAUUUUGCAGUAUUUGAUGGUCAUGGAGGGGUGGAUGCUGCCAUCUAUGCCUCCCUCCAUCUCCAUGUGAAUUUGGUGCAUCAGGAGAUGUUUCAACAUGAUCCAGCGGAGGCACUAUGUAGAGCAUUCCGGGUGACAGAUGAACGCUUUGUUCAGAAGGCAGCCAGAGAGAGCCUGCGGUGUGGCACCACUGGUGUAGUAACAUUCAUCCGAGGAAAUAUGCUGCAUGUAGCUUGGCUUGGUGACUCCCAGGUGAUGCUUGUGAGACAGGGCCAAGCGGUGGAACUAAUGAAGCCUCAUAAACCGGAUAGAGAGGAUGAGAAGAAGCGUAUCGAGGCCCUCGGAGGCUGUGUGGUCUGGUUUGGGGCCUGGAGAGUGAAUGGGAGUUUGUCCGUCUCGAGAGCUAUUGGAGAUGCUGAGCACAAGCCAUAUAUUUGUGGAGAUGCAGACUCCACCUCCACCAUACUGGAUGGGUCUGAAGACUACCUCAUUUUAGCCUGUGAUGGCUUCUAUGACACAGUAAAUCCUGAUGAGGCAGUGAAGGUGGUGGCUGAUCACCUGAAGGAGAAUAAUGGAGAUAGCAGCAUGGUGGCACACAAAUUAGUGGCAUCAGCACGGGAUGCUGGCUCCAGUGACAACAUCACUGUCAUUGUGGUAUUUCUCAGGGACAUGAAUACAGCAGUAAAUGUUAGUGAGGAUUCAGACUGGACAGAGAACUCUUUUCAAGGAGGACAAGAAGAUAAUGGGGAAGAUAAAGAAAACCAUGGAGAUUGCAAACGGCCAUGGCCUCAACACCAGUGCUCAGCGCCUGCAGAUCUAGGAUAUGAUGGGCGAGUGGAUUCCUUCACUGAUAGAACUAGCUUGAGCAUAGGGUCCAAAAUUAACCUGUUUGAAGACCAACGCUAUUUAGACCUGAUGAAAACAGAAGCAAGCCAACCUCAGAAUGCCAAACAUUUGUUACCAGUUCAAGUGUUUAGUCCUGGCCUACCAAAGGGAGUCAAUUUGGUUAACGGCUCAACAGUGAAGAAUGAGGCUCCAAAAAGCAUUGGAUCUUCAGUGUCUGGACCUACAGAUCCAAGGGGAUAUUCUGCUUCUCUUAGUUUGAAUUCCACAGGGCAGCACAUUUACAGAAUGGAGGGUUUAUCACCACACUUUUCUGGAUUGGAAAAGGAACAAUUCAGAUCCUUGGGGAAAAGAGUCUCUGCUUUCUCUCAUUUCCACUUCUAUAAUGUAAAGAGGCGAUGUGGAGCCAGGCUCAAACCAAAGUUUCACACACAUCUCUUUAAUCACACACCUUCCCAUAUGGAAGGAUUAGGUCCAUCCUUACCUGUCCAAAGUGGCAGUAAAAUUAGGAUGUUGGUAAGACGUUCUCUGUGGUGGAGGAUGAAUAGUCACAAAGUUUAUGGUGAGAAUAUGCUCUUGAGUCAAAGACAAAGUAAUUGUACACCAGAUCCAUACCUUUAUCAGAGCUGCAUCCUCCUUGUACCCCGCUUCAGACAACUAGUUUAGUCGAUUCCAGAAUAAAAAUGGCAUCAAAAAAAAUCAAAAGGUGAGUAUUUCAGAACUGUGUUAUGGUUCCCUGUAAAACUCAGCUCAGAUGUAAAAAAACCAAGGAAUUAAAAAAAAAAAAUUGUCACAAUAAAACUGCUGGUGGUGCCAUUCUAAGUACACCCCCACAAACACAUGCACGUAAAUAUCUAUAUUCUCAUUCACUAGACAAGCUGGUUAGUUGGCUCAGGUGAAUAGACACAGUUAGAAACCAUUGAAAAAAGUGCAGCUGAAAAUAAAGUUGAACCUGCCUGAGAUACAUCUAUGGAGCAAUAUAUUUAGAAAGUUAUCCUGUCUUAGAAUGCUGAAUUUUGUAAAGGGUGGGGGGAGAGUUUCCAUAGAAGUUCAGGUGGUGUUUUCUUCUUAUUUUCCUUUGUUUAUUUAGACAAUAUUGAGAGAAAUCUAUAGAAAACCAUCCACUUUGCAGGUAAAAAGACUAAAAGCCAUACAGGGUAUUAACAGGUAAUUUAGGAAUGGAGAGACUCAUGCUGUAAAAUCUGCUCUGUUCUCAGACUCAGAUUAAGGUACAUACAAUUAAUUUAGCUAUUAUUUCCUGUAACAUAUAAUAUGGAAUAUGAAAAAGUGUUUGUAUUUUUUUAAAAAAAUAUUCCCCAUGGCUAGAGAUAUAGCAUGUGGGGACUUCAUAACUUUUUGGUGCUUUUAGUGGCAUUUUUAUUUGACAGUUUAGGAGGCUGUUGUCCACUGGCUUUAAUCUAACAGGACUGUGAUUAAUUGCUAGGAGAAUGUCAUCAUACCUUCAUCUCAGAUGUUGAAAGAAACUGAGUCUGAAGUGAUAUCCAGGUACAAUAUGCUGUCACUAAACUGAUCAAACUGUAGAAUUACUUGUUAAGAAUAAUAAACAAUUUGAUCAGGAUUUUGUUUUAGGUUAGUUUCUAGACUGCAAGGGCAUAAUUUAAAAUAAAGUGGAAGUUUUUAGGGAUGAUAAAAUGCUGGAGUGAGUGUGACACUAUUAAUAAAUUCUUGUUAUUCCCUUUAGAUUCAGAAAAUGGAUGUGAGACUGCUAUAUUAACCUGAAGCGAAUGGAAAUGCUGUGGAUGUAGAUGAAUGAGGGUGGUUGCUUUGUUUAGCUGAGAUCAUAAAACGCACUGACAAUCCAGAGCUCUCCUCCAACAAAUUUAGAUUUGCGGAGAAAGAUGGAAAAUGUGGGUUGCCCAUCUCUAUCCCAUUGAGCCCAUUUGCUUAUCGAAUUAUUAAAAAAACAAUCCCCCCCAACCUAUCCUUGAGAUGUCUUACUCUUAAAGAAAUAGUUAAUUAGAACACAAAAGUAAUUAAAAACUGCUCCAGUUGAAUGUAUCAGACAGCAUAUUAGGCCUCCUGCCAUGAUAACUAAGUUUGAGAAUACUCAUUUGGCACUAGUAUGAAUAUAACAUGUAAUUCUCCAACGGCAUUUAAUUUUAGCAAUGAUUUAAUAUACCACUCAAUCUUAGCAGUAACACUUUAAAAAUCAGCUUUAGUUAGCCAGAAUUUGUUAAAAUAUUUAAAUGUUAAGUAGUCAGGAGAGUCUAAAUUAUUUGAAACCGUAAGACUUGAACUUUACUGAUCUCAGCUUCCUCUUUGAGUCAGUCUUUUAAAAGUCAUUUGAUGAAAUAGUAAAAAGCUGUAAGCAAACAGGAAUUGAAGUGUCAUUUUAGAUUCCUGUAAUUAUUUUGCAGUUUUUUUAAAACCACAAAUAUCAUUAAGGAGUCAUUGGCUCUUAGAUUUGUCAUCUUACAAAGCCUUAGAUGGUGUUAACAUUCUUUUCAGAUGUAUUGUAUGUUUCUAAUCAGAUUUACUACAGAAAUUUGAGAAACCCACAGAAUACUGAAGUAUGCAAUUUUGGGCAUCUUGCUGUUGCCUUUCAUUGUUUAAACUUCACACUAAUAUAAAAGAUGCAUUGAAAGCCUCUUCUGUUUGAUAGCUGUACUUUUACUGGAAGGUGAUGUAAGUGCAAUUCCUUGUCCAAGUAAAUAUAUCAAGUUAUGGAUGAUAGAACUUCCCAAUGUGCAAGACUGGUUGAAAAGUAAUGGAGUGAGUGUAUGCUCUCUUGUCAAGGGUGUAGUUCUUUAGGUGUGGAUUCAUAAAUGAUCAUUCUGCUUCUCAGACCAUUUAGGAGGGAAAUUGCCAUCAUAGUUCCUGUGUGGUUCAGUGCAAAAUAUUGUAUAAAUAGCAAGUGUUCAUUUCUUCACUAUAUUCAUUUAGAGUAGAUAGGAACCAUUUGUAAGGUAAGUCUUUUAAACUUCUAUAAUACAUAUAAAGUAGUAGUUAUUGGUCUGAUACAUGCUGCUCUUGAUUCUACACACUAGACAAAAAAGCAGUGCUUUGUGAAAUGCAAUGUUUUCUCUUAAUGCCACUGGUGAUAGGAAGUAGUUCUCUUCAGUUCAAAAUCCUGUGCCCUUAUUUGCUGCUUGCUAACGUAAGCAAUAAGUUCCCCUCUAACUAAUGGUAUUUAAAUGUUCUGUAUCUUGUAUUUUGAUCGUCCAUCUGGUGAUAAUGUAAAAAAAAUUAGACAAAUAUAAAAGUAUCUAUAUAAAUGUAUUUUACUGUUAAUUCUAAGAUUGUCUGUGACUUGUUUUGUAAUUUUAUUGUGUAUCUUAGUAGUGGUGAAAUUUGUAUAACCUUUCCAAUAAAGAGCUGAAGUAUCCCUUUUUCAAGUUAACACAAUCUGCAUCAGUUUCAGUUUACCUAUUAAACAUGUUUUCAAGGAAUAAAAAGGUAGGUAGUGAAAAUAAAAUAUUGUGUUGGUUUUGAGAAAUGGACUUCAGGCUUCUUUGUCUGAAGCAGGUCAGAACUCACUGGUAUGCUAUUCACUGUGAGUUUUAAAGGGAUUAAUUUAAUCCCCCCUCUAAUAGUUUCCAGUGUACACUUUUUAAAUGUGCAACUCUUGAGGAAUGUCUGCUGUUGCAAAGAGCAGUAUAGCACCAGACCAGGGAGCUGUUAACCCAUUUCAAUUUGCACUAAAGGUGAGUGGAAACAUGUAAAUAACUUUUCUUUACCUAAAAGUGCCAUCAAUUGUCCUUGCAAGUUAAAAUAAUUCACUAUUUAUUUAGUUUAGUCUGCAGUGUAACAUUUAAUGACAAUGUCAAAGCAGAUUUUAACUUAUACCACAUUUAUAGUGGUACAUUGUCAAACUCUGCUCCAUUUUUGGAACACAGUCAGUGAAAAAUACAUUGUGUUAUGGACAGAAACAUGAAGUACAAGAAAUUCAGUGUUUACAGAUAUGACUUCUGUAGUUCAAGUCCACUAUGCUACCCUACCUACCACUGGGUAAUUCCUACGCUUGCAGUGUCCUGCUGUAGCAUUGAGAAAGAUUGAUCUAAAUUAGUGGCUGUUUUAGCACACUGUAUUCACUCAUUCAAUACUAUAGACAAAGCCAUUAAAGGGGAUACUACAGCUUUGUUCAUGCCUACAAUUUAGGACAAUCUUUCUUUGGAUCAUAACUCUGCAACAGCAAAUAAAAUUUUCUACCCUUAUAGCAUGCAAUACAUAAUAAUGAAACAUAAAUGCAACCUCUAACUUAAAUGUUUAUGUCCUUUUUCCAGUCAUUGUUAAUCAGGCUUAAAGCACUGUAGCUGCCAACAUUAAAAACAGAGAGAAACACUCCCCUUCAAAGAUUUAGUUCAAAUAUUUACAAGUUGCCUGCAUUUGUUUUCUUUUACUUACAUCUUCCUUUGCUGCAUUUCUUUACCUUUUAAAUUAGAAGAAACUGAAACAGGACUAGGGAAGGCUGGCAGAGAUUGAUCCUGUCUUCUUCUCAAAGUAGUAACUUGUUUUUAAAACUCCAGGUGUGGUACCAGCUCCUACACAGGUGCUCCUGUUCAGAUACUUGUGUUCUCUUGUUCAUGAAUUCUAAUAUGUUCUUUAUGAAGUGAUUAAAUUAAUCAUUUUUAUGCUACAGUGGGAUCUUUCCAUUUGCAACCUUGUUCUACAGCUCAUGAGGUCAGUUGUAAUCCAUGUAACAGUCAUCCAUAUUUUAUUUAAGUGUUUACGGAUAAGGACUAUAUUGAAAUUUUAUCCAUCUUAAUAAAACAAUUAAAACAUUUUUCUAUGGUCUGCUGUUCUGAAUUUGUCUUUAAAUAAGUAAACUCACAUUCCUUGUGCUAAACUGCUUCUGUAUAAUAGUCUAAUGGGAUUUUACUGUUUAACCCUAGAAUUCAAAUUGAUGCCUUCAAUCUAAACUGCUUUUACUUACUACUGAAAGUGCAUCUGAGUGUCAUAUGCAGACUAGGAAGCAGGAGCAUCUGACCAUUGUAUGCAAUUUAAGCAAAUCUAGAUUUAGGAGUAGGUUGUAUAAUGCUUUAAGGUUGUAGCUUCCUAAACUGUAGCUUAAUUAGUAUCUUGUUACCUCUCUCUAGGGGAGCUACAUAUUGAAUGUUCUCUUAUCUAUUUUAUAACAAAGAAAGGGAUGUGCAGGAUCUGAAUGAUAUUUAGUUGUAACAGUUCACUUUGUGCCACUUUCAGCAAUAGCCCAUUAGUGGAAGUGCAACAAUUGCAUACUUUAAGCCUAAAUUUUUAGAUUCCCUGUAUUUUUUAAACAUUGCUCUUAGCGUUAAAUUUUCCACACUGCUUCAAGGACUAGAUAUCUUAAAACUUUGGCUGGGCUAGUGAGGACUCCAGAUGCCUGUGGGCUCUGUAAGGCCCUGCAGACCUGGCAAGAGUGGCUGUAUGACUGGUACACUAGCUGCCUGAGCAGUCUUAACACUUCAGCUAAAAACACAUCAGUCCCUCACACUCAAUUGUACUGAACAGUAUGUAAGCAAAAGCAUCUAGAUGAGAGUUUCACUAUGAAACUGGAGCUAAUGUAUUUCAGUAUACACGUAGGAAAUGAUAAAAAUCACAAGUGGAGAGGGAGUUGUACACAGAGCAGCUCAAAUGGGUUAGUUUUUUUGCUGUUUAAAAUAAAGAUUUUUCCAGGAAAUAGGUGUAGAUACCUAGCUUUCAUUUUUAAUCCAAGAACAGGCUCGCCCUAGCACCUUUUCCUAGUAAAAACCUUCUAGUUGAAAGUGUAGCACCUAGGUCAACCUUUCAAAUAAUCAGCUGCUCCCAUAGCCCUCGUGGUGGCUGUUGGCCCUCAGUUUUACAUUAUCAAGCAGGACACAAGGUUCUGGACUUGGCAGAUGUUCAGAGGACUCAGCUCCUUGAUACUUAGAAGCAUGAGAAUACAGACCAAUGGUUUGGAUCCAUAAAUGCAGGAGUACACGUGCUAGUGAACUUGGAACAAAGUGUAUGGGUUUCUGGGGCCCUGUAACACUUGAUUAACCAAAGACCUACAUGAGACAUGGAGUCAAUUUGUUCCCCUCAAGUCUCACAUGGCUUAGAAUCAACUUGGACUGCUCCUGUAAUCAGGAUGGGAGGCAAUGCCCAGUUACCAAAACCAGUGAAAGAAGGUCAAAUCAAAUACACCUCAACAUGAAUUCAAAAGCCAAGGCUAGAAUGCAGGAGCUCAAACUACACCCAAUGAAUGCUUCUACCUACAUCAUCUUCACGCAGCCUACCAUCUGAUGAGUAUUGUAUUUGAGAGAGCCUAGAACACUGAACAACACUGCAGUCAAGCUCAAGAUAACAACUAAAGAAAUCCACAUUAUAGUAGAGACUGAAAGAAGUGGAAUUUAAGGAGGGGAGGUGGGUAUUUGGUUUAUGAGGGAGUGCCUAAGGACUAUUGGUUGUGGAAGUCACAGAGCAUUUCGUUUGGAGCAGACUGUGUCCUGAACAUACUGCUUCAGCACCACCAGAAUGUAGAUUUUAAAAAACCCCGACUGAAUACUAACUAGGUAGCAGCAUAUUUCUUUCCCAUCAGCAUCUGCAAUCAUCCUUGUCCCUUCAAAAUAAUUUUACAGUAUUUCAAUGUUCAUUUUAUUAACAAAAAGUGCAAACAGUUUUAAACUUAACUAUAUGAUUUGUACGCACUUAAACAUUGAGGAACAUUUCAUACAAAACAAAUGUUUCAGCAAGUACAGUCAGAUGAGACAAGAACACUCAACAUGUAUACACUUAUUCAUGCUUUUUCACCAGCCAGUUAUUCAGCUUUCAUUACAGCUUCACAAAACAUUUUAGCUGCUCAAAUGCAAUGCACAGUGGUAAAAAGUUUGGCAACAAUGUUCUCAGUUGGUCCAAAAUAGAGUCUGAAGAAAAACACAAACUAACUCUUGUGCAGGCCACUUUCACCCUAACUUUAAAUAGCUUAGAUCCCUAUGAAUAUAACUACAAUGUUAUUUCAUACCAUUAAUAA